GCAGCGGGGUAGGAAGGAGAUUAACCCCUGGGCGCGGGUCUGGGCGUUUCUCCAGGCGGCCGGGAGGAGUUCCGCCCUCGCCCCCGCCCGCCGCCUCCUCUCCCUCGCGCCCGCACUCGCGCUCCAGGAGUCUCCCCGGCCCAGGCCCCGGCUGCGCUUCCCCGGCCGGCACAGCGCGGCGGCGGGCAGCCAGGAUGCAGGCCCCGCACAAGGAGCACCUGUACAAGCUGCUGGUGAUCGGCGACCUGGGCGUGGGCAAGACCAGCAUCAUCAAACGCUACGUGCACCAGAACUUCUCCUCUCAUUACCGGGCCACCAUCGGCGUGGACUUCGCGCUCAAAGUGCUCCAAUGGGACCCGGAGACAGUGGUGCGCCUGCAGCUGUGGGACAUCGCAGGUCAAGAAAGAUUUGGAAACAUGACAAGGGUCUAUUACCGAGAAGCUAUGGGUGCAUUUAUUGUCUUCGAUGUCACCAGGCCAGCUACAUUUGAAGCAGUGACAAAGUGGAAAAAUGAUUUGGACUCAAAGUUAAGUCUCCCUAAUGGCAAGCCAAUUUCAGUGGUUUUGUUGGCCAACAAAUGUGACCAGGGGAAGGAUGUGCUCAUGAACAAUGGCCUCAAGAUGGACCAGUUCUGCAAGGAGCAUGGUUUCGUAGGAUGGUUUGAAACAUCAGCAAAGGAAAAUAUAAACAUCGAUGAAGCCUCCAGAUGCCUGGUGAAACAUAUACUUGCAAAUGAGUGCGACCUAAUGGAGUCAAUUGAACCGGACAUUGUGAAGCCCCGCCUCACGUCGUCCAAGGUUGUCAGCUGCUCUAGCUGUGCCAAAUCCUAGUAGGCUCCUUUGCUGGCAUAUGAUGGAAAUAAUCCCAUCAUCUCAUGAAUUGUGUCUCAAUUCCUACCAUUUUGGGUAAAUGUCAGGAUAGGGAUACACAUGUGGCAAGCCAAAGAUAUAUGUCUGUAUCUUUUCCAUAAGAAAGAGAAAUAGCAAAUGUUCUUUUUAUGUUUUCCCCAACAUCAGCACAGUGUUUACAAGCUUUUUAAAUAUUUAAUCUGUUACAAAAUUCUGUAGCUGACCACAAGUCUGCAGCGCCAGAGUCUGCCCUGUUAUUUACUUCUCGGAAUCAGCCAAGGCCUUGGGUCUUAAAGACAAGGGGACAGAGCAGAGUAGCUGUCAAGUUAAGCAUUGGCUUUCACUCUGCCCCUGGGGUCUUUGUCCAGAUUUCAGGACAUUCUCAGCUGGUCUGACAGACCUAUGAAGUAGAAACGGUGCUGUCUCCAGAGAUGACCUCCAUUCUCCACAGACCUAAGAGUCGUCUCUGAUUUAGCUGUUCAGUCAGGAACACAGGCUUCCUGUGCUUUUGUCGCUUUUAUUGUCACUUGCCAUGCCCCGACUGUUGGUUUACCUGAAAACUAUAUGAAAAGACCUGCCGCCUGGAUGUGCCCCCUCUUUGCUUUCUCUGACUCAAGCUGUGGGACUCUUCCGUACAUGUAACAUAUAGUAUAUAUACUUUCACAAGUGAAAAAUAAAACAUUAAAAGAUGCUUUUCCCUA